UUCUGCCCCUAACUUUCUCUCUCUAUCUCUAUUUUGUGAUUUUCUCUCUCCUCUGUAAUAAUUUAUAAAUUCUCACAUCAUACUCUCCUUUCAUCUCUCUCUCUUUUUCCUUUUCUGCGUUUUCAUUCAUUCACUCAUCUAAUCAUCUUCUUCCAUCAAUUUCUCUAUUUCAAUCUUAUUUUCUCUAAUUUCUUUUCCAUUCUCACGCAAUUCUAGGGUUUCUUUUUUCCCCUCUUUUCAUCACACAAUCGCGCAACACCCUCCCAGGUGGCAUGUGUGGGGCUUUGAAUUUCGGUUUGAUUAGGGAAGCCCCUUUUCUGUGUUCCCCCCAUUUUCCACCCAUGGGUGUGACUCUCAGAUUGGGGUCACCGUUUUUCUUUUUCUUUUUUGUUUUUCUUUUUGGUUUUCGGGAGAUUGAGAUGGUGGUUUAGCAACUGGGUUGUAUUUCUUACAGGCUUUCAGGAAAUAGUUGUUUGUGUUCAUUUAUGCUUGGUGGGGUUGAUAAUUGAGAGGGAUAGAGGCUGGGGUUUGGUUCUAUAUAUAGUAGUGUGUAGCAGUGGUUAGGAAGUUACAGAGGUUCUGUGAGGAUGACAGAUGUUCAGCCGCUACAGCAGAAGCCUGAGUCUGCCGAUGCUCAUGCUGAGUUCGAGCGUGGACUGGAGGACUUUAUGCGUGGGCAGUUGGAUGAUUGUAUGUCAUUUGCCUCCUGUAGUUCCUCCCAGGCUCAGGGGGAUGAGGAAGAUGAGGGUGAUCAGCUCGCUCGGAGGAGGCGUAGGUCUGAUCUUGAAGGGGAUGAUUUGGCGGAGUCCUCGGCUGCACAGAGGCGCCACUCGCGAAUUUUGAGUAGGUGGGCUGCCCGGCAGGCACAGGAGAUGAUAACUACUAUUGAGAGGAGGAAUCGUGAGUCUGAGUUGAUGGCGCUGGCUGGGUUGCACACGGUGUCUAUGUUGGACUCCUCUUUCUUGAGGGGAUCACAGUCCCCAACUUCUGGACAGGAGGGUGCCGUGGAGAGACCGAGCACUCAGGCAUCUGCUAUUCUGCAGAUGUGGCGCGAAUUGGAGGAUGAGCAUUUGUUGAACAGGGCUCGUGACAGGAUGAGGGAAAGGUUGAGGCAACAGAGGGGUUCUGAGUCUAAUACCAAUGGAUCCAGUACCAUGUCUGAUAGUCGAGGCAGUGAGAAUCAAGGCAGUUUGGGGGAUGCGAGUGAAAGCGAAAAUGAUUUUGGUACUUGGUCGCAUGAUCGGAUUGAAUCGCGGAAUGCACGUGGGGAUCAUCUUGUCUCAAGCAGGGAGCAAUCUCCUGAUCUUGGCGAAGUCGAGAGGGAGAGAGUUAGACAGAUUGUUCGAGGAUGGAUGGAAAGCGGUAUUGGUGAUCAUUCAUCGAAUGUGAAUCAGAGAAACAAUAAUGGUAGAGCAGAAUGGCUUGGAGAAACAGAGCGUGAGAGGGUAAGAAUUGUCAGGGAAUGGGUGCAAAUGACUAGCCAACAGAGAGGCUCACGUGGGAGCCGGAGGGAUGCUAAAGUCGAUCGAGCGCGCGAUGUGGUUGCUGAUCACGAUGAAGGCCAGCCAGAGCAUGUUCGGCGGGACAUGUUGAGGCUGCGUGGAAGACAAGCUCUAGUUGAUUUGCUUGUGAGGAUAGAGAGGGAAAGGCAAAGAGAGCUGCAGGGAUUGUUGGAGCACCGAGCUGUAUCUGAUUUUGCUCACCGCAACCGCAUUCAGUCUUUGCUCAGAGGUAGAUUCCUCCGAAAUGAAAGAACUGUUGAAGAUGAGAGACCUCCGUCUAUGGCUGCAAGUGAAUUAGUGCAGUUGAGACAACGACAUACAGUCUCUGGUAUAAGGUAUGGAAAUCAAACAACUUGAUAAUCUUUUUAAACCAGUGGGUGGGUGGCCUAUUCUGCCUAUUACUCAUCUUGGAGCUUCUGCUUUAGAAAUAAGACAAAAAUUCAAAAGGUGAUCUAGAUGUAUCUGUGUCUGCCAAGUGCUCAAGGCUUGUUAAUUUCUUUGCUAAUUGUUGAGUUUUCUUUUAGUUGUAUUUCUUAUGAUUUGCAAAAUAAAUAACUGUUAUUUAUAAUGGUUGAUUUUCAUUCAUUA